CAGCUGCGCGAUUUUUCCUCUCUCGGGCUUAUUUAUCCCCAGAGGAGGUGGACAAACUCAGCAAGACGCAAACUAGCGAGGGCAAAACUUUGGGCGAGGCGCUGGAGGAGGUUUUGGAGCGGAAGAAGGGCAAGGGGGACUACCAGCUGUGCACGUCACACGACAUCGCGCCCAUCUUGCAACAGGCGCUCGGCAUCCACAGGGAUUUCCAAAAGAAUCCAGCGUUUAAGAAGGCCUUGAAGGCAUUCAACAAGGAAUGGAAGAAGAGAAAACCUUUGUAAGAACUCCUUUGUAAAAAUUACAAGUAAUCGACCAGAAUCGAACCCGAAACGUAUGCUUUGCGAAACCGAUGUCCUAACUGGCUGGUCAAAGUUGUUUUAGUGAGCUAGCGAACCAGAACAAGGGCUACUUAAAGAGCAUGAUUUUGCAUAAAAGUCCUUGUUGAUUGGACCCUUCGGCAUCGAACCCGGGUCUUCUACACCGGUUUACCUCUACACUUACCUGAUAGCCAUCAUCUCAGCAACCGGGUUCCAGUAUUAAAAAAAUCAUACCAUGUACUUGAACCAUAUGACAUGGGUCUUUGCGAAAUCCAUGGCGUUUUUGUUAGAUCGCCCACCAGACGAGAUUAUCCCCCCGCAUUCGUGCUGCUCGGCGUUUCGUCCUUGGCAAAGCCCCAUCUUGGGUUGUGGAAUUAGAAGGACUGGAAGAAUCGAUCAUCGUGGUAAUGGAUAGUCAAGAGUUAUGGCCUGGGUUGCAAUAGAAACUCGCAGAGCAAUCUCCACAGCCGCAGGAGCUUUGCGAUCUUCUGCUGGUGUGAAUCUCAUCAGUCCCAAAACUCCACGUUUUGGCAAUCCAACGAAACCUGUAGCGUGUGGCCAUACAAACGAACAUACCUCGGUGUGAUCACUCACUCGAAAAUCUCUGCUUUUACGAGUGGAGUGAAUCAUCUUCCGAGCGUGUGGUUCUCCAUGGGAUAAGGCUGCUACUUUCUGUUUUUUCAGGGUGCUUGCCCUGAAAAGAGUCUUUCUUCUGAAAGGGUAGGCUGAGAUGAGACCCUCACGACCUGAUCAGGAUAAUUCCUGCGAAGGGAGUGUGCCGACGCUGUAUUUUAUUUUUCUGUGCAGGUUUUAUGACGAUCGCACAGAAUCAAGCUUGUGCACUGUAUCUCAGAUAUCCAACUUGAAGUGACUCUAUCGAGGAUGAUAAUGGGAAAACUGAGCGCGUCCAACUUCAAUGGUGUGAGCGACCACCCAAAGCAGGCAUUUCCUUCCCGAAUUUAAAUUGAAUUAUUCUGUGUUUUGACUUUUAGAGCAAAGAAUAUUGUUUCCUUUAUUCUAUUUUAAGUUAGUAUUGGCAAGAAUCGAACCGGAAACGUAUGCUUUGAGAAACCGAGGUCCUAACUGACUGGUCUAAGUUGUUUUAGUGAGCUAGCGAACCAGAAUAAUGGCUCCUUAUUUAGCAAAAUUUUUGCAUAAAAGUCCUUGUUGAGUGGACCCUUCGGCAUCGAACCCGGGUCUUGUACAACGGUUUACCUUUACACUUACCUGAUAGCCAUCAUCUCAGCAACCGGGUUCCAAUAAAGAAAUAUCAUACCAUGUAGUUAAACAAGUACUGGACGAGAUUGGGAUCUAGAUGGAUCGAUCACGCUCGAUCGCCUCGCCUCUUCUGCUUGCACCGGGAACAAGAUCCACCGCGUAGCGAGCAGCCUCAACCGAUCCAUCGCGAUUCAAGAUGGAGAAACCUCAAGGCGGUCUAAAUGCUUGGCCCCUCUCGGCAGACCCACAAAUUUUCAUCCAGCGACAGAAAUAAGGGCCACAACAUUUUCUAACCCCCAGCUCCAUUUGCUUGAGAAAUCGUCGCCUCUUCUUGAGUUUGCUCGCACAUUUUUUUGGAAUUGAGAACGAGGAGAAGAAACAAUCCUCAAUGCUUGAGAUAUAUUUUUCUUCUCUGGGUUGUGGUGUUUGAUGCGUGCUUAUGCCACUGAUUUAAGCUUGGAUUUUCCAAAGUGCGCCGCUCUCUUGCGCCAGUGCACCGGACUAGCCAGCCUCCGCGAGCUCCACCACAAGAUCGCUGCUGCCAAUUUGGAUGCGCACACGUUUCUGGGCAACCAUCUCGUCCAGAUGUACGGCAAGUGCGGGAAUACGGCGGAGGCGCUUCUCGCUUUCGAGCGCAUACGGAACAAGAAUCGCUUCUCGUGGAACAUCGUUCUCACGGCAUAUGCCCAAAACGGGCAUAUUCUGGAGUCGAAAUUUCUCUUUGAAAAGAUGCCGCAGAGAGACCUUUACUCUUGGAACUCGAUGAUUGCGGCGCUAGCACAAAACGGAUGUUUGGAAGACGCGUUUGCGCUGGCCGAGAAGAUGCCCGAGAAAGAUACUGUUUCUUGGAACACGAUACUUGCGGCAUAUGCCGAUUCAGGAAGCUUGCCUAUGCUAAAGACGAUGUUUGAUCGAAUGGAGAAGCGCAAUGCCGUCUCCUGGAAUGCAAUUAUCUCUGGAUAUGGCCAAAACAACAGUGUGGAACUCGCAGGAAAAUGUUUAGCAAAAAUGCCGCAGAGAAAUCUCUUGUCUUGGAAUGCCAUGCUUGCGGCAUAUGCCCAAAACGGGUAUUUUGCUAUGACAGUAAAGCUCUUUGCGGAGUUGUGCGCCGAGGGAUUUGAACCCGACGCGUUUACCUGCGUGAGCGUACUGGACGCCUGCGAUCGUUCCUUGGGCGAGGAGAUCCACGACGAGGCGCGAUUCAAUGGCUGGGAUUCCAGCGUCUUCGUUGGCACGGCGCUCGUGGCCAUGUACGGGAGGUGCCAAAGUGUGGACCGUGCAAAGGAGGUUUUUGGUUUGAUGCCCGAGCGCAACAUUGUGUCAUGGAACGCGAUGCUUACCGCAUAUGCCGAGAAUGGGCAUCUGGAAGAUACCAUGGCCGCGUAUAAGCAUAUGCCAGCUAGAGAUCUUGCAUCUGGAAAUGGCCUUGUGUCUGGCUACGCGCGAUUAGGGCAGUGGGAGAGCGCCCGUGCAGCAUUUUGGGCUCUCCCCGAGCGAGAUGUGGUUUCUUGGAACACGAUGAUCGCGGCGUGUGUCGAGAGGGAUCGUCCGCAAGAAUCGCUCGCGCUCUUCCGGGAGAUGGAUCUCGAUGGCGUCGCGCCAAACCGGAUCACGCUUGCGAGCAUCUUGAGCGCCUGCGAUGGAAGCCAGGAAAAUAUCGCGCAUGCGCUCAUCGCCGGGCUGCGGGAUCUCGAGCCGGACGCGAUGAUCGGCACUGCGCUGGUGAUCCUGUAUGGCCGGUGCGGCAGCUGCGAGAAAUCCUUGGAAAUCUUCCACCAGAUGGAGGAGCCGCGCGAUCCAGGCGCUUGGAAUUCGAUCAUCGCGGCGCUGGCACGCAAUGGCCACACCGAUGCGGCGAUCGCGAUGCUGCGGCGGCUGGAAUGCGAGGGGAUCGAGCCGGAUUUCGCCGUUUUCAACAGCAUUCUCUUUGCAUGCAGCCAUGGCGGAUCUCUCCGCGAGGGCUACGCACAUUUCUUGAUCAUGGGUGGGGAUUACGGCAUCGCGGCCAGCGCCAGCCAUUUCAUGUGCCUGAUCGAUCUGCUGGGCCGCGCCGGGAAGCUGGAAGCCGCGGAGGAGCUGAUCGAUUCGAUGCCAUUCGAGGCGGAUGGCCUGGCCUGGACGAUUCUCCUCAGCUCUUGCAAGAGCCACAACGAUGUGGAGAGAGGGGCCAUGGCGGCGAUGAGAGUGGCCGAGUUCGAAUCCUGGCAAAGCUCCACUUAUGUGAUGCUCAGUAGCAUCAUGAGGAAUUAGCUA